AUGAGGGGCACAAAAGUUCCAGACGCUUCAAUGCGCGUUAAAACAGAAGAGCUGCUACAGGAUUGCAUAAAGGAAGAGCCGUGGAAGAAGCCAGGCAAGGAACCUGAGUCUGGUUCGGGCUCGGCUUUGGGGUUUGACUCGUCAUCCUCAGACUGCUCGUCAGAUGAUGCCGAUGCUGAGACCUUCACUGCUCCCAAGCCACCUGCAGACUUAGGUCUUUCAACAGACCGGGUUGUGCUCAGCCGGGAUCCGUCCAAAAACUCCAAGAACUCAGUGGCUGAAGUAGACAAGAUGGUGGAGGGCCUGACAUCGUUCAGGGCAGCCUUGGUCACAAAUCAAAGGCUGACUCUGCAGAUGCUUGAUCGGGAGAUGGAGAAGGUGAAGCAAUUGCCAAGCUUGGUGCAAGCUGAGGCUGAGGCAAAGUCUGAGAGAAGGUUAAAAUCCAAGGAAGUUAGGGUCAGGCUCCCUGGCAAGCUAGGCCCAGAUGCAGAAGACGAUUUUGGCGGCAAGGGACAGCUUUCCAAGGAGGCCAAGUCAUCUUUGACCCCUACUCCUUUCGCACAUCUCCAGACCUUGGAUCAGAAGCGGAAGAGAAGAAUGUCAUGGAUCCCAAAGACUGGCGCUCUUCCAGGCACAGGCACAGGCUCAGCCAGCACUCAUGACUUCGAGGCUCAAAUGGCUCAGCUGCCAAAUGUGCCGCAGACUGAGAACCCCCCUUCACUUCCCGUCAAGAGAAGCUCGAACUCCAGGAGAAGCUCCAAGACGGAGGAGGAAGGUUCUGUGGAGUCACUUGUCGUGGCCCAUUUGACCAAGGCUGAGAAGGCCCAGGCAAAGAGGGAAGCAGAGGCCUUUCAAGAGGCGGGAAUGUUGGCUCAGUUCAAUGCGGAUCUCGCAAGGAGUCAAGUCCGGAAGCGGGCUGCAGAAGAGUUCGAGAUGGAGAAGCAGAAUGAAACUCUCAAGUCCGAAGGGAUCCUUCCGAAGAUUGCCAAAAGCUCUCUGUUGGAGCGGACCACAAUGACAGUGAUCUUCCUCAAUGCCAUAUGGCUUUCAAUUGACAUAGAAUUCAAUGAUGCAGACAUUAUUGUUGAGGCAGAGCCGGGGUUCUUUGUUGUGGAGAACCUCUUCUGUGCGUAUUUCACGGUAGAGUUGCUGAUUAGGUAUUUGGUCUACACUCGCACGUGGUAUGCCUUCAAAGACCCGUGGUUCGUUUUUGACUUGAUCCUCGUUAGUCUCAUGAUCUUUGAGACCUGGAUCAUGGCCUUGGUCUACGUCUUCUCAAAUGGCGGUGGAGGCGGCAUCGUGGGUGGCACUUCAGUGCUGCGUGUGGCUCGUGUCCUGCGCGUCCUCCGGACAGCUCGGAUGGCUCGCUUGGUGCGAUUCAUGCCGGAGCUUAUGAUCCUCAUCAAGGGGAUGAUGGUAGCUUGUCGGUCAGUGUUUUUCACGUUGGUCCUGCUGUUGCUCAUUACCUAUGUCUUCUCUGUCGCCUUCAUGCAGUUCAGCCGUGGCACAACUCUUGCUGAGAAAGGCGGUGAGUUUGCCUUCUUUGAUUCCAUUGGAAGAACUGUCAGUAGCCUCAUCUUGUAUUGCAUCUUUCCUGACCAGGAAUUCUUUUAUACAAUGGUUGCACAGGAAAGCUGGGAAAUGGCUCUUCUGGUGGUCGUGUUCAUUUUCCUUGGGUCCCUGACCGUGAUGAACAUGCUCUUGGGGGUCUUGGUCGAGGCCAUCAAGACCGUGUCUGAGAUUGAGCGUGAGCAGAUGGAUGUCGACUUUGCAAAGAAAGCACUGUGGGAGUUGAUCAGCAAAGGAGCUGCAGAUGAAGACGGUGAUAACCGGAUCUCCGAGCAGGAGUUUGUGAACGUCCUCUCCAAGCCGGAGGCGGUCACGGCCUUGACGAGCCUGGGCGUGGACGUCGAUGCAGCCCUGGAUUACGGAAAGCUUUUGUUCGAGGAUGGAGAGCCGCUGACGUUUCCGGAUUUCAUGCGAGGCAUUCUGACGCUGCGCGGUUCCAAUCAAACAACCGUCAAGGAUAUUGUGGACCUGCGGAAGUUCACCGCAGAGGAGUUCUCGCAAUUGCACGACGUACUUCGUGAAUUAUGUCUUUUUCUGAUGGGCCAAGGAAGCCAGCCCAAAGAUCCAGACACAAAGCCUUCAAGAUCUUCAUCACGUACUUCUGCACACGGUGCAGCACGUGCGGAGGGAGCGAGUUGA